GAGGAUAUCCUUGAGGACGAGUUGCCCGAAGGAAAGCUGUUGGGGCUUCGACUGGGUGUGUGCAUUGAAGAAGGCAGUUUCCGGAGUCCUAUCUUCCUGGCCCCCACAGGAUCAAACAGGUCGGAAUUGAAAAUGCAAGUUCGAUGGUUUCCUGCGGGAAAUGCCCUUUGCCCUCGCGAGCCGGGGCCACAGGGGUGGAUGCUCCCUUUACCUGAUCGCGGAAGCGGACAUGGAAUCCUCGAUGGAGCCAUUACCUUCGAGCUUCGGGCAGGGCGACUAGGAGUGGCAGCCGCGGUGUUUUGCGAGCACAGAAGCCCGCCUGCACAGGAAGAGGCACAAGGCGACAUUACUGACGUGCAGGAGCUAGAGGAUCUGGACCCUGAGGACUUUGAUAUUGUGAUAAUUCUGAUCGAUGCAGCCAGUUCACCCGGCGAAAUUGAUCACGCCGAGACGCUGAAAGCGUGGACAACGAACUGCAUGUUUAGGCAAUGGGCAGCGGACGCAUCGAAGCGGGAGGAGGAGACCAAGGAGCUUAUGGCGAAGCUCGAUGAUGUCGCCAUGAGGUUGGAGGUGCCAGCUGCCUUCCGCCUUUGCCGAUCGCCGGAUCCAUGCGAGGUGACCUGGCGCAUCGAGAAUUGGUCCGGCAAGCAGGGAUUCGGCCCGGCUGCUUAUGUGUCCAAGCAGCUGGGUUUGGAGGGAUGCCCCUCCAUGAAGCUGCUCGUGGGACUCUGCCCGUCUCCCGAUUCUGAGGACUUGGUUGAGCCACAACCGCCUUCGUGCAGGCCCCUUGCGCUGCAGCCGCUGGCCUUGUUUGUUGGGGCAGCCCCCGGCUCGUCUUGCAGAUUCUCCCUCCAGGCAGGGACCAGGCGAUGUGUUUUCUACCACACGUUCAGCUUCUUGGAGGCCUUUGCUGGACGCCGCAUCUUCUUGAGUGCAGCACAGGAUGCUGUAGUGGAGGGCGAUGCGCUCGAGGCCGAGACCCAACACGAAGUGCAAGGCAUCACACCAGCUUGA